UUUCAAAGGAAAUAUGUCUCGGAUUUCGAGGGAAAUCCUUCCCGAAUUUUGAGUGAAAGAACUGCAUGCGGAAAUCUCAGAAGAUUUUAAAAACACAUUUGCUCCGACUGUACCCCCUGUGUCGGCAGCCUCGAUCGUUCGGAAAAACCUAUUCAGGUAAACGAUUGUUAUCUUUGAAGAUUAUUCUUUCCUUCUGCUCUCGGGAUUUACGUCGGAUGGUGCAUAUGAACAGGGCAAAUUUACAUCUAACAAUCGGGGGAUAAGAACGGUCGGCUGUCUGUCUUAAGCCAGGUAUUUCUUAUACAUAAAUUGAACAUUUCUGUGCCUGUGAAGGUCGGCCGACCAUUCAAGAGGGUUCAAGAGUUUUGCAAUCGACUUCGAGCGUUCAUUAGUCUUCGAUCGAUCAUGGAUAGCAGCAAACCAGAAGUCUACGAUAGCGAUGACUCGCUGUUUGAACUGAUCGAAUGCGGUAGAUCGGCUACGAGUCGUGCAGCCGCAUCGUCGAAGGAUGUUGAUAGGAAAGAGUUCAAACGUUCAAGUGAAGUGAGUGAUAUCAUGUACCAAACCGUUGCAAUGGCUAAGGAAAUUCGUGAGCUGCUGCUUAAAGUAUCCAAGAUGGCUGAUGUCCAGGAAAAGGAUGCUGAAACGAGGAAGCUGGUAGAGGAGACACUGGAGAAGGGCGAGGAUGCCUUUUUGUACAUACCUCCUAAGAACCAUGAGACUGCAUCAAAAUCUCAAUCUCCCAUUCCGACUGACUCGAUUGAAGAAAAGAGCGACGAUAACAAGAAUGAAGCAAAAGCAUCCGACACACAGAAGUUUGAAGGUGAAGCUCGAGGCGAAAAGGCUCAACCUGAAAACGCAAAGAGGGAAAAUGGCCAAUCGGAGGACGAUGACAGUGAUGAUUCGGUGUUUGGGAUCAUCGGAUCCGGUAGAUAUGAAAGACGUCCUCCUGCUCCAAGGAUAUACGUUUUGCCGUUCAUACCAUCGAAGAGUGUUGUUCGAAAUGAAACAAGUGAGACCAACCAUGAACAUGAAACAAGCCAAACCGAUGCGUUGACUAAGGAAAGUUGUGGGAUGCUGCCAAGAGUUUCUGAGUUGUCUAACAUUGAGGAAAAGAAAGAUGGCAAGCCAAAGCUGGUGCAGGAGACGGCAAACGGUGAGCUUUCCGAUGACGAUGAUGACUAUUGGUACUACACAAACCCUGAAAUAAUCAAUAAAGGCAUGGAUGGAGUAAGCCGUUCAAUGGAGCCUGUGCAACCACGUUCCAGCGGAUUGGGUGAAGUCAAGAACAGGUUCGAGGAACUGUCGCGUGAGAUCCCAGCAAUAGCCAUUGAGUACGCAUCUACCAACGAAAGCAAUGACGGCGACGGCGAGGAGGUAAAGCUAGUGGAAGAGACACAACAGACAGUAGGCGGUGAGCAAACGCGUGAAAUCGUUACAGGAGUAUCAGACGGACAGAAGCAUGCAGCAGAAGUCCAUAAGACGGCACAACACGACGAAAGCGAUGAUGCCGUUUUCGAAGUCAUCGAAACGGGACCUUUCAUAAAACCUCGUACCGUUGAGAUAGAGUGCAAGGCGAUGAAACAAGCCGAACCAGCUCGUCAGCUCCAUCCAACAAGAGUUGAAUCUUUGCCAACUGAAGAAGAAGAAACAGAUGAUGAGGAAACGAUCACGAAGAAAGCAGGCGAAGUGUUGGUUGGUAAUCCAGAGAGCGUUCGAGACAGAACAGAAGACGAAUUGGAAUUUUUUCAGACGGCAACGAUUUUUGAGCAAUUUUGUUUGAUUUCGGCAACCAUUGUGGCAGUAUUUUUAACCGGCAUCCUUCUAUUCAAUAUUCCUUUCACACGGAGUUUGACUAACGAAUCCACCGAAACUAUCGAACAAGGACAACAGCUGGCCCUAGACUUCGAUGAACAUCCCGAGGCCGAGGAAGUCAGUGGCAUUGCUGAACUACUGCAACAACUGGAAGCGACAAACGAGCGAAUCAAGGAGUACUUUGCUGAAGCGGAUCGGAAGAGCACAGAGCUGGCAAAGGAACUGGACGAGACGCAGCAAUACCAAUGGUUGCAGUGGGCAAUUAUCUUCUUUCUUAUAUGCUUACGUUUUGUUCUAGAUUAAUUUCCAACGCAAUUAUGAUUCAAGAACUUCCAGAAAUUUGAAAUGGAAAAUAAAUGUCCAAGACACUUUAUCGUGUUUGUUUCAUAAUUUUAAGCCGAAAUUCUUCAAAAAAUAGAUUGACUUAGGAUAACAGAAUCAUCCAGA